CGCACAGUAUUGCUGCCUUGAAGUGGCAGCUUCGGAUGUGCAAAGAACCUUCUCGUCGUGUGGCGCACAUCAUGCCGAGUGCGACGUUUCUCGUUGCUUGAAUCCAUCCAAACAGUUUCUAGCUCUUCCGAGACCCCUGAGGCCAUGGCAGACUCGCAGGCGGCGCUUCCAGUGUGUGAUCUUCGCCUCGACGUUGCCGAGCCAGAAGAGGAGGACGCGAGCAGAAACAGCCUCGCCAGUGGUGAGAGCAGCGCCGUGAUCGUCAAGCCGCCGCCGCUUCAAGUGGCCGUAGCCGCUGACAGUAUGCAGCAUGCACCCAACACUGAGCUCGUGUACCCGUGGGUAUCCACAGAUCCAGACGCGGUCAGUAUCAUCACUGAGUCCACCAUGAUGACAUCUCCGAAGCUUUGCACGAUGGCGGUGCGCUCGGAGCCCGGCCCACGCGGGCACGAUGGCGUCACGACGGCGCUGCUAGGAGGCAGCCCGCGUAUCUUAAAGAACAACGUUAACGGCGGAAUGGAGCAGCCACAAGGAUAUGGAUCUAUGCAGCGUCGGCAUUCCAUCUUGCGCAUGAGUGCUAGCAAAACCUCGAGUGGCAACGGACUAAGGAAAAGCGCAUCCGUGGAGUUCGUACUAGAUCAUGCGCACCAGCAAGCAGCGCGGAGUAUUUACGCCAGCACAUCUUCCAUUGGACGAGAGCCACGUCGACUAACAUUCGAAGAGAAAGCGGCGCUGUACCGAGUUCGUCCUGACCUCGAGAUUGACCCGGUUCCGUACUAUAAUGAUCAACUCGAGGAGCUAAACCGACGGAAUCAACGCCGCAUCAUCUUUGCCAUGUUCGGUGGCAUGAUCUCCAUCGUCUUGCUGCUCGUCUUCUUCUCCAUGUGGGAGCAGAACAAGUGAAUCGCCAUACAAUGUCUGCAAUAUUCGAUGAAUAUAAAGGUAGCGAUCGACAAAUGUAGGGGAUUGCGCCAACCCGACAGAGAUGUGAAUACCAGAGUGUCGCGAGGGGAUAUUCUAAUGUACCCAUAAAGUUGACGACUUCGGAUGUGGUGAGUAUAGCUCGGAGGCGAAGGGUGUCACUACACCAACCCAAGCACCACGCGCCAACGCGUAGUAUUUCUAUAUCGUAUAAUAUACUUGUAAUGAUCACAUUUUAUUUUACUACGUUGGGCUAGCCCAAGCCAAAAUAUAUACAGCGAUUCAUCUACAA